CUAAUGUGUUUUGUUAUCAUCCAGUGGUGGAGACGUCUCGGUCACCAAUGGUACUAGACCCAACACCUAAGCCGCAGCGGAAACUUAUCCAAGCACCCAGGUUUAAUAUUUCAGCCGAGGAUGAGGAAGAAGAUGAUUUAAGCGACAUUCCUCCAUCUAGCCCACGUCUGGGUCAUAUGUCAGUAGUAGGCACAGGAGCACCUCGUAGUCCUGACUCACAGACCCCAACAUCAACCCCCACUUCCCCCUGGUCACGGAUGGCAUUUGACCUGGCAAAAUAUGGCAACACGGGGACUCCGGAACGUCGUCAUUCUAUAACCUUGUGUGAAACGCCCUCACUGACCCACCAGUCCUCCAUCACCUCCAUCACCCCACCUUCCUCUCUGCCACAGUCAAGAAACCCUUCUGCUCCAAACUCUCCAGCACACCAAGACUUUGUCGCAUCUGCAUCUCAGACACAACGCGAAUUUUUGUCCUCUGCUCAUUUCUCUUCACGGUUGGACUGUCUGGCGCUCACCCUGGAGGAGGUGGUCCACAUCCGUAAUGUCCUGACCAAAGCUGACCUGGAGGCUCUUCCUCUUGACUUGACCAUCAAGGAGGACAUGGCCAGGGGCAAAAUAUGUUUCCUCUGCAUGAAGACCAGAUUUGGUUUCUUUGGCCCGCGAGGCACCAACUGUAGACUGUGUAAGAGGACAGUGUGUAAAAAGUGUAUCUCAAAGAUGCGCAUCCCAACAGAGCAUUUCUCUAAUAUCCCGGUCCAGAUGUUAACUCCUCAGGCAUUGUCUCCACGAGAGGAUGAAGAUGACAGUGUAUCACUACCACGCUCUAUUCUCUCAAGACUCACGUUUAACAUCUCAGAACACAUCGUUAAGCGUAUUCAGGUAACAGAGCAUGAAGAGCGCACAGGAAGUGAACGCAUCCUGUCUCAGGAUUUGCCCCUACCUGGAAGUAUCAGUGGGGCAGAAAGUGGAGAACGGCGCAGUAGUGUAAGUGGCAGUGUGGGGUCCGCACCAUCUUCUCCCAUGCUGUCCCGAGCAGCAGAGGGCCCAGCAUCCUUGCCUGCUCAACCACCAGCACCUUAUGUUAAUGAAGCUAUCAAAAAGAAGCAGAAGCAGCGUUCCCGGACAACACAAGUUGAGGAGCAUCUGCGUGGAGAGUUGAUGUCUGUGUGUGGAGACUGUAAAGCCAUGGUGCUGCACAUUCUGGCAUCUAUUAAAGUGCGGCGAGAACAACAGAUGAGUGGUUCUGCUCUGCACGAAUCUCCUCGCCAUCAUCUGCAUCUCAACCUUACCCCGGUGUACCACUAAGAGGCUUUGUAACCCUUGGUGACAAAAAUUCUCUUCCUGUAGUCCUUGUGGUACUACUGACAUCAAAAUUUUAGAGAUCCCUGAGGGUUUUUGGCAUCCCUUAAUUGGAAAUGUUCUCCAUAUGUGCUUGGUACUGAGCCAUGAUCUUCUAUGUCUAAUAGUUUGACUGUGGCUGUAUCCUUAACUAGUCUUAUUAUGGAGGCUCGGCAUAUCAUUAAUUACCCCAAACAUCCUACCUGCAGGACUGUAUGUAUGUUAUUGUUUUAUCAUUCAACUACUGUUCAGUACCCAUUAAGAGACAUUACUACUUCCUGUAUACAAGAUUAUAGAGCUUGCUGAUGUUCUCUCUUUCGAUUCAAGUUCUAUUUACUCCAUUACUUUCCAACUAUAUUAACUUAAUGUGACCAUUCUCUGUAACUCUAAUUGCUGUUUCUAAAUAUCUUCCCUCAUUACACAGUUACCUAAUAUGUCUAGUUAACCUCUCCUGUAUUUUUAAAUUAGUUCAAGUGAAAUUUUUUUUAAAUAUAUGUAUUCAUACACUUCUUUUUCCUGUGCUCACAAUUAAACAAAAUAGUAUGGAUAUAUGUUGAAAUGCCAUACUAUUUGACAAUAAUACUGUAGUGUACAGUAUGUGAUUGUCAGAAGACUAGGCAUUGAUGUGUACUGUGUAAUGUAACAGUCACUUAUUCCAGAAAAGCAUUUCAUAAGAUCACUUUGAAUAAGACGGUAAAAUGGUAUAUUUUUUUUCUUCUUCUUUUCUAAGAAUGGAUCUUUGAACAGUGGAAUGAACCAUGGCUGGGGUUAUGUCAUGGUGUGAUGUAGCCUCUCAUAUGUAUGUUACUGAACAAUGGCUAAAGGAGCACAUAUUGAAGGAAAUAUUGAUACUUUUUAUAUAUUUUACUUAGAAUUUCUUUGGGUACCUAACAGAAAGGGGCAUAUUUAGUGAGGAAAUUAUUCGUUUUGUGAAGUUUACUCAUAUCUAGAGCAUACCAAUAUAUAUUAGACAUAUUACUUUAGCAAAUGGAGUUGUGAACACAUAGCAAAUACAUAUUGUCAUUUUGGAUGAAUCCAGGGCUUUUGGAGUUCAUCCACAAAUUAAGGAAAGAAAUUAAUUAGUACUGUAUACUGUAUAUUAAUAGAAUAUUUUAGUGUAUAGUAUUGUAAAUCCAUUUGGUACAAUUACUUGUGAUGAAUCCAAAGCUCUGCAUUUGCAUUAUUAAUAACCCCAGAACAUUAUAUCAGUUAUGCAAUGUGUUUUCUCUAAUAUAAUGUUAGUUGUGUUAAAGUAAAGAUGACUUUGGAGGUAUGUUGUGAUUGUGGAAAUUAUGGUUGAUUUUUUUUUAUUUGACAUUACAAUAUAUUCCUUUUGUCUUAAUGUAAUACAGUAUAACACUAUUCACAGUGGAUAUUUCCUAUUAAUUUUAAUUGAUUUACUCUGUGAAUUAGUGAUUUAAUAUAAAUCCUAAUUAAUAGGGCUAGACGAGAUAGUGAGGAUGAGUGUGGGAGGGCAGGUCGGGUUGUCCUCCAUGUGUACAGUAAUACAGUAGUUAUUAUUGACUUCAUAUUGAAGUCAAGACAUGCCAUAAUUACUCUAUCUACAUUCAUGGUAUAUAUGGGAAAUUGAACUUAAAACCAAUACAAGGUAAUGUAAAUGUUAUAGAACUCCAAAGCAUAUUUUUUCUUGAGAUAUAACCAAUUACAUUCCAAAUUACAGUUGUUGUUAAUGAGAGAUAACUGACCAGAGUAAGUCUUAGUAUUAAAUUAACAAAGCCACGUCAGAAAGUUCAAUGUUUUGUAUGUAAUAAAGAUAGUUUCCCUUUAAUCUGCCAUGUAAACCUCUAAUUUGGUUUAAUUCCCCCCUUUUUUUGUACAUAGUAUAUAUACAUAUAUAUUUUUGUCUUGUAAAUAUAUUCCUUAAUAUUUUGUUAUUAGAUAAAGAAUCCUUUAGAAGUACAUGCAAUUAGGGUUUGUAUCUUCAUUCUCCAGUGAUUUAUCUCUAAAAUCUAAUUAUUGUAUGAUUUGUGGCUUGAUGCUUCAUGUGAACCCUUCUCUAGAGGUGUUUUAGAAGAUAACAGUUUGAAAUAUUUGAGCCUUUUGUCUUCUCUAUGUCUUAUCUUACAGACAUUGUUGCACAUUCCAUUAUUGUAAGUGUGUUUGCUUCUUUUUUGUUUUCUUCUGUGUUCUCAGGACUACUAGCUUUUGCUCUGAUUCAGUGUUACUGAAGAAGGCUUCAGAUAAGGACCAUGCUUGGUUCCCAUGUUACAUCCAUUGUCACAGCACAAAUUUAUUUUUGCAGGCAUAUCAUAUGUUUACUUUGCACUUUAGAUGUACAGUAUUACUGUAUAUCUGUAUUGCAAACAAUCCCACCUCCUUCAUUUCAAGCAAGCAUGUUAAAAUGUCUGAAUAAGUAUGUCUGUGUAUCCUACAGAUUAGACAAGUCAUAGGAAAAUAUACAAAACAGCAUGAAAAUUGCUAGCAACAAUUUACUCUUGAGGUAAGAGAAGUAAUACCAUAAUGCUAAUUUUUUAAUAACUGUCACUUGCUGAUUGCAUUUAAUAUUUUUGAAAUGUUAUACAUACCCAAUGUUUUUCCAGACAUGAUAGAGAAAGCUAUUUAAUUAGAUAUGAUUUAUUUAUUGUUAUAUAGUGAUGCAUAAUUAUGAAUAACAUGGAUGAUCACUAUGUAUUGAAUAUUGAUAUUUGAGCUUGGGAAUACUGCAUAAAAUCAUUGAGGGUGUGAUCAGGGGGGGGGGGGAGAUCCUAGUUGUACCUUUAAACUCAGUAGGGUUGAUAUGGUAUGGGGCAGAACUGAUUUCUGACAGCCAUGUCACCAUCCCAACCAAUAAAAUGUCACCACUAAAGUAAAGAAGAUUGUGUGUACAAAAUAAUAAGUAACGUUAAUAAACCUCUCUGACUUCUCUGUCUUGGUAUAUAAUAAAAAAAAUUUGGAUUACUGUGUUUAAGUUACCAAGGCAUGACAACAUUUUCAAGGGGGUUUAUUCAUCGUUCAAUGUCAUACAAUCACUUACACUGGGAAUUAAUUGAUAUUAUGUUACAAAUAAUUUCUGGCAAGUUUAAAGUUACCCGGUAAUGGUAAUUAUAAUGUCUGGAAUAAUUUCACUUCAUUUUCUCUGAUCAAAUGUACAUAUAUAAAACAAUGUAAUAUAAAACCAAAAUUUAAAUACUGUAUUGCAUUGUCAUCAAACAAUUACUGUAUACAGUAUGUGAGGUUCACCUCUCCACAACACCCACUGAAUGAUUACUGUACUUUUGUUUUGUUAAUUCACUUAUUCAUGUGAAGUUCUUUUUGAGUUAUGUUUUUUUUUUACUAAGAUAUACAAUACAGUACAUGGAAGAUGGUGGAUGUUAUACAGUACAGUUAACUGAUUGUAGGAAGAAAGAUUAACUGCACUGUGUUCAAAUUAGAUUAUCAUUUUUUAAACAACUUAUGGUAUAAUUUUAUAUUGUUUUAACUGCACGUAAAGGACCAUGCAGUAUCAGAUCUGUGGUCAUAAGGUUUUAGAUGCAAGUUAAUUUAAUGAACAUAUCAAACUGUUAUUUUAUUUAAAAUUUUCAUGUGUCCACCAGUUGUCUUUCAAUUAUAGAUUUUAGUAAUAAAUAAAUCUGAGGACACAUUGUGAGUUAGGAAUUGCUACCUAAAGUUUAUUGGUAUUUUUGGGGCUAAAUAACAGUAUUGUAAGGAAGUUAAACAGUUGUUAUGUCUGUCUAGAUACUGUAGAGGAGGAGUGAGAAUGAGAAACUCCUCAGUAGUCAGUUGGUCGUUGUUAUGUUGCUUUCUCAAUGUUCACUCUUUUUGUCUGUUCCAGAUUCCCAGGUUUAAGAUGUGUACAAAGAAUAUCAAGUGAAAAUAGUCAUUGUAAAUACAUAGAUUGGUUUGGAAUUAAGUAUAUUAAAUAAAGUGUUAUGUCAUCA